AUAAUUUCAAAUUUUGUGUUUGUUCCAGGUUCUGCAAAUUGCACUAAGAUGUCCUUUAAUGAGCAGCAGUGCAAGCAGCCAUGUGUGCCUCCUCCAUGUCUUCCAAAGACCCAAGAGCUAUGCCUGGCAAAGGCUGAGGAGGUGUGCCUCCCUCCAUGCCAGGAGAAGUGCCCAGUGCAAGCUCAGGAGGUGUGUCUUCCUCAGUGUCAGGAGUUAAACCUAGAAAACUGUCCACAGCAAUGCCAAGAUCCAUGCCCACCUCCCUGCCAAGACCAGUGUCCACCUCAAUGUGUGGAGCCGUGCCAGGAGCUGUCCCAGACAAAAUGUGUGGAGGUUUGCCCACAGAAAAUCCAGGAGAAGUGCUUACCCCCUGGCAAGGGAAAGUAG